CACCAUGGUGAUGGCAUUGCCUCCCACUGCAUGAAAUUGUUUCACCAAAAAUCGUUUGCAUUUGUCAGUAUGCUUUAUGUACUUCUCUAUUUAUCACCUUCAGCCCUAUAUCAGUGAUAACAUUGAUAUUAUCAACGUUGUGAAUCCACAAACGACAAGCCCCAGUGGCCUAAUGGAUAAGGCACUGGCCUCCUAAGCCAGGGAUUGUGGGUUCGAGUCCCAUCUGGGGUGGUGCUUAUUUUUUUCUACAACGCUCGUGAAAUCAUUCUUACACUUCGCGACGCCUGCACAAGGAAUAUCUACUUUUGGAAAUACGCAACAAAUGCAGGAAACUAUCAACAAAAAAUGGAGCAGCAGGGUAUUAAACUGUGCAUCCUUUUGAAUGCUUUGGCUGCAUCAGUGCACACUUGGCACCUCCAGGAGGCCACCGUGUACUGGGAUGCUGCCCAGAAAAGGGUAAUCCUGAAGGAGGGGGUGAAGGAGACAGAGGGUGGUGCGUAUGGUUACUUCAAUGAUAGCCUUCACCUCACUGGUUGGAGCAUUUUGGAGAUUUGCGCUGGAUACGGAAGUGUCCAACAGCAAGAUGAGACUACAUUCUUUCUGGCUGGCUAUCUAGAAGGCUACUUCACCGCCGGGCAGAUGUUUAAUCAUUACUCCAACGUGUAUCUCCAGCUAAUAAAGGAUGAGAAGGUUCUGAAUCCCUUGAAAAUAUUCCUAAGCAAACAGGACCAGUGGGCCAGAGAGCAAGUGAAGCUGAGACAGAACAGUGACUCCUUGUGGAAACAUUUGGGAUUGAUCCUAGCCCAACUGGACGGCCUAAUCGCUGGAGCUGCACAGUGGGCCAGAAGCAAACACAUCGAUCCACUGUCCGCAUUUGCCGUUCAGUUUCUGAAUGGUGUCGGUGACCUCCUGGACCUUGUCCCCGCAUUGACACCUCGCCACGACUCUGCCCGGCCCACUGCUUUCAGAAUGCCUGGAAUGGGCCACUGCACGGCUCUCAUAAAGGUGACAUCUGGCUUUGAGAAUCUGCUGUUGGGGCACUCCAGCUGGUACAAUUAUGCGGCCACCAUGCGCAUCUAUAAACACUGGGACCUCAGGGUGUCGCAUGGGGCCACUGGAAAAAUGUCAUUCAGCAGUUACCCUGGCCUCCUUACAUCUCUGGAUGACUUCUACCUGCUCGGUAGUGGCCUGCUUCUGACUCAAACCUCGAUCAGUGUCUUCAACACCUCCUUGUUUUCUCAGCUCAGCCCUCACAGCCUGUUGGCCUGGCAGAGAGUACGCCUGGCCAACAGCCUGGCGCACUGUGGCGAGGAGUGGGCGCAGAUCUUCUCGAAAUACAACUCGGGUACAUAUAACAGCCAGUACAUGGUGGUGGACCUGAGUAAGGUAUCACCUGGACAUAGUAUCAGGACGGGAGGUUUGACUGUUGUGGAGCAGAUCCCUGGGAAAGUUCUCCACACGGACCAGACUCAAGCUUUACGAGGAGGAUACUGGCCAUCCUACAACAUUCCAUUUCAUGUUGACAUCUACAACCUGAGUGGGUACGAUGCGAUGUGGAGGAGAUACGGCGAAGACUUUUCAUACGAUCUUUGUCCCAGAGCCAAAAUCCUACGCAGGGAUCAGGCCAAGGUGUUUGACCUCAAGUCCCUCAAGCACAUCAUGCGAUACAACAACUACAAAAGAGAUCCUUAUGCCAAGGGCCAUCCGUGCAAAACCAUUUGUUGCCGUAACGACCUGCUCCUAAGGAGACCGCGCCCCGCUGGUUGUUAUGACACGAAGGUGACCGACUACCAGAUGGCUCUCCGGCUAGUCGCGGAAGCAAUAAACGGCCCGACAACGCAGGGGGGUCUGCCACCGUUUUCAUGGCGCUCCUUUAACAUCACCCCGCACGAGGGUCUUCCUCUCAAGUACAACUUUUCCUUUGUCGUUAUGAAGCAAGCUCUCCAGCGACCCUAAACGCACCUGCCAUCACCUCUGUCAUGUUUAGUUGUAACUACAUUGGAACAAUGUCAUGUUUUGUUCGGUGGGGGGUUUUGUGUGCAAGAAUUAGCUCAUUGGCAUUCGACACCAAGAGAAAUGACACAGGUUGUUUGCAGAUUGGAUCGAGCGGGUCUUUGGAUACAAUGCAAAGUGUUAUUCCCCACAGGCGGGGGCUACUGACCUUUUCCUCCAGCAUCACCCGUAAAUGUUAAUGUUUAACAUUCAGUGGAAUCACCGCAGGGCUUGUUUGACACGAAGCGCUUGAUGGGACAGGACGCACUAUGUGGCUUUUACUCCCGACGCCAUUGGGCCAAGGUUUUCCUUUUAUGGUUUGCCAAACAAUUGUGGUUGAAUAAUUCCUGCAUUCAUUUUCCAUCUUGACUGUUUUUUUUUGUGUGUGUGUCUUUGACGAUCCAGGCAAACAAUGCACUUCUGUUUAAAGAGUCUCAAGGAAUCUCAUAAGACAUGCUGACUGUUGUACUUCUUGUACACAGUGUUUGUAAUCAAAAGACUUAAUACACUAAUGUGCACCGUUGAA